CCUGCGGUGAAUGCAUGGCUGCCUUAAGACAAAACCCCCCCUUUCUGACACUGCAUCGUCUCUCUCUCUCUCUCUCUCUCUCUCUCUCCCCCUCCCUUCCCCCCCCUCUCUCUCUCUCUUCCUCACUCUGGAUGAGAAAGCAAGGGGGAAUACUAGAGGAGAUAUACUGUUACAGAGCUCCCACACAGCUCCUAGUUACCUGCUAAGUCCCACACCGGAGACUUUAAACUAAAAGAAGCCCAGAGAAGAAGAAGAGGAAGAUCAUUUCACUACAUGAAGACUACAACAGUGCAAUCUGUUUUUGUGACUUGAAUAUUAAAAUAAACUAAUUUUUUCCCAGUCGUCAAGAAGCGAACACAAGAAGAAUAUUUUCAGUCCACCCCUUCUAAAAAACAAAACAAAAAACAAAAAAAAGGAAAGACAGAAAGUGGGGUCGCUCUUCUUAUUUUUUUUAUUUUUUAAUUUUUAAUUUUUUUUUAUCCGGGCGGGUGGAUGAGUUGUGUGGAUGUUAUUUCCUGGAUUUUGUCUUCGGGCUGUGUCUUACCUCGGCCCAGAGACGGCAACAGUGUGUGGAAAAGUAGAUUUGAAUGUUAAACAUAUGGCUUCAACGAGGAUAACACGCCGGAAGCUUGGUGAGGCUCGGUGGUGAAGAUGGUUAGAACGCACUUAAUGAGGCCACUGUCAUGGGGCCGGGUCAAAUGGCUGGGUAUAAUGGGAACAGGAGUCCUUUAUCUCCUGCUGCUGGUAUCAACCUGUCUCGGCCAAGACACAGAAGACUGGCAAUAUGAGGAAUGUAAACUCUCUCGGUCAGGGCCUCCCGCUACCAUCGUUGCCAUCGACGAAGAGAGUCCCAACGGGACGCUGCUGGUGGAGAACAUGCAGAUAAAUGGUGUGGCAGAGGGACCAGAGCGAACCAUCUCUUUGUCUCUGCGGGACAACCACGACUACUGGGUGAUCCUCGACCCCACCAAACAAGCCCUAUACCUCAACAGCACCGGGAGGCUUCUGGAUAGAGAUCCUCCUUCACAUAUUCAUUCCAUCGUGGUUCAGGUUCAGUGUACCAACGAGCUCAUAGGCACAGUGAUUUUACAUGAGGUCCGCAUUGUAGUUCGAGAUCGUAAUGACAACGUCCCACGUUUCCAACAGCCAAGAUACUACGUCGCUGUCAAUGAGCUAACACCAGUAGGAACCACCAUCUUCUCUGGUUUCUGGGGAAACAAUGGGGCCACAGACAUUGACGAUGGCCCCAAUGGACAGAUAGAGUACACCAUCCAGUACAACCCCAAAGACCCGACAGCCAACAGAACCUUUGACAUCCCACUGACACUGUUUGGCUCCGUAGUCCUCAGAGAAAGACUCAACUAUGAGGAAAUAACACGGUACCUGGUCAUCAUACAGGCUAAUGACCGAGCCCCCCUCCCCAGUGAGCGUCGUACAGCCACGACCACUCUGACCGUGGACGUACUGGAUGGCGAUGACCUGGGACCCAUGUUUCUACCAUGUACGCUCGUGGGCAACACCCGUGACUGCAGUCCCAUCACAUACAAGGCCAACGUACUGGAGCUGACAGAACCGAAUAAAGUGAAUCCCCUGAAUGUGACUCCACCCAUACAAGCCGUCGACCAAGACCGAAACAUUCAGCCUCCCUCUGAUAGGCCAGGGAUUCUAUACUCCAUCCUCAUUGGAAAACCUGAGUCCUAUGCAGAAUAUUUCAGCUUGAACAGAAGCACAGCGGAACUGUUGUUACUAAAGCCCGUCAACAGAGAACUCUACCGCAGAUUUGACCUGGUUAUCAAGGCAGAACAGGACAACGGCCACCCCCUGCCAGCUUUCGCCAACCUCCAAAUUGAAAUUCUGGAUGAGAACAACCAGGCACCCUACUUCCUGGAGACCAGUUACCAUGGCUACGUUAGUGAAGCAUCACCAGUGGGAACCACCAUAGCGACCAAUGCAAGCCUGUCGAUACCGCUGACCAUUGUGGCUUUAGAUAAUGACGUGGAGGAGACCAAGGAUCCUCAGCUGCAGUUUUCACUGGACAGCUAUUCUGAUGUUUUCUCUGUGUCUGCGGCUGGAAUCGGAAGAUAUCUAAUCCUGGUGAAGCCACUCGACAGAGAGACCCAAGAUUCGUACACAUUCACGCUGCUAGCAUCAGAUGGCGUCCAGCAGAGCGUGCCAGUUACUGUGACGAUAACAGUAUUGGAUGCUAAUGACAACACCCCGACUUUUGCAAAUGUCUCCUAUCAUGUGAACUUGUUUACUGAUAUGACUCCUGGAGAAACAGUGUUACAGUUGUCAGCGGUUGACUCUGAUGAAGGAUCCAACGGUGAAGUCACCUAUCGAAUAUUGGCCGGUGACCAAGGACAUUUUGUAAUUGGAAACAGCACUGGGGUGAUCACUGUGGCGCCGGGUAUUGAGCUCACCGUGGGGCGGAGCUACGCUUUGACCGUGGAGGCCAUAGACAACGGGCAUGAACCUCACAGACGGUCAUCCAUCACCACGGUCUAUAUUGAAGUUUUGCCCCCAAACAACCAAAGCCCUCCCCGUUUCCCCCGGCAACAGUACAACCUGGAGAUCAGUGAAGCUAUGAGGACCGGAGCUACACUUCUUAAUCUGCAGGCGGUAGAUCGAGAGAGGGAUCCAAUCGCCUAUGAAGUUUACCGAGGAGAUCCCCAUGGACAUUUUCAACUGCAGCAGAACACAGGGUAUUUGGUCCUGGAUAAGCCUCUGGACAGGGAGUCUCUGGACUAUUAUACCCUGGUGGUUAGAGCCUCGGAUGGACACCCAGACGGGACCUCCACUGCUACGGUGAACAUUGUGGUGACAGAUGUUAAUGACAAUGACCCACUGUUCGAUUCUUCGCUGCCAGUGAACCUCACUGUCACCGAGGAGCAGGAUCACGCCUACGUUGGACAGGUCAAGGCUACAGAUCCAGAUCUGGGCGCGAGCGGUCAGGUCCAUUAUCGGCUCGUCAACCACCAGAAACUGUUUUCCAUUAACGCCACGGGGGCUAUCAGAACUGCAGCGCCGUUGGACAGGGAGGUGAAAAGUCACUACUUCCUGAUUGUGGAAGCCUGGGAUGGUGCAGUGGAUCCACGGCGAUCGCGUUUAACGCUGCUCGUAUCUGUUCUGGACGUAGAUGACAACAGUCCAGUGUUCACCCAACAGACAUACAACAUAGACCUACCAGAAAACACCCCCAAAGAUACGGUCAUAUUGCAACUAAAGGCGAUAGAUGCCGACCUUGGCUCCAAUCUGACAUAUCAAAUCAGAACUGAGGGCUCGGACCAGAAUGUCACUCGCCUGUUCCACGUCGACCCCGUAACCGGAGAGCUGUCCGUCCUUCAAGAUCUGGACUACGAAGCGCUGGCCGCCCCUGAGCCCACGUACACAUUCAUCGUAGAGGCUCUGGACAUUGAGGGAACCAUGCCUCCUGGAUUAGCAUCUGUUACUGUGAGAAUAACGGACAUGAAUGACUUUUCUCCGGUAUUCAGCCAGCCAGUGUACCGAGGCAUGGUUGCUCCUAACGCUGUCAAGGGAACCAUAGUUACCACGGUGACGGCCAACGACUUGGACCCUGCGGGUACUCCAGCAGGUCUUGUGCGCUACAAAGUGGAUCAGGAGGCUCAUCCAUACUCUGCUAGUAUAUUUGAUGUAGAGGAACAGACUGGACAUGUGGUGACGAGAGUCAACCUCAAUGAAGAGCCCAAUCUCAAGUUCAGUUUGGUGGUGGUGGCCUAUGAUGACGGUGUACCCGUAAUGAAAAACACAACGCUGGUGGAGAUCACGGUGCUUCAGCCCUCUGUCAUCCCCGUGUUCACUCAAGAAGAGUACAGGUUUCCACCGGUGAGUGAGGCGGCUGCUGUUGGGACCCCCGUGGGAGUCAUCAUGGCAGCUGCUGUCAAUCAAACUAUCAUCUACUCCAUCAUCGAAGGCAACCAGCGAGGUUUUUUUGCGCUAAAUGAAACAACAGGAGAGAUUUUCACUGCCAAGCGUCUGGACUAUGAGACCAACGCCAGCUACGUUCUGAAAGUGGAAGCGGACUCCAUGAGGGUGGUGUCGUCAAACCUCCGAGCGCCGUCCAAAUCGAACACAGCCAGGGUGGUGAUCGAUGUCCAGGAUGAGAACGACCACCCGCCAGUUUUCACCCAGUCCCUUUACAUCGGAGGAGUCACAGAAGACGCCAAAACCUUCACCUCUGUCUUGCAAGUGCAGGCCAUGGACAAAGACACUGGCAACUACAGUUCUAUGAUGUACCGGCUGAUUAUCCCCCCUCCUGCCAGUAAAGAUACCAAGGAGACCAAAGACGGCUUCGUCAUCGAACCUUACACCGGUGUGGUCAAGACGGCGAUCAUGUACCGCAACAUGAGACGGUCAUAUUUUAAGUUUGAAGUUGUGGCCACGGACAAUUACGGUCGAGGACACAGCAACAAGGCGGACAUAGUGGUGUCUGUCGUGAACCUGCUGGAUAUGCAGGUGGUUGUAUCCAAUGUCCCUCCGACUUUUGUGGAGAAAAACAAAGACAAACUGCUCAGCAUUUUGGAACGCCAUGUCCAGGAUCAGAUACCAGGGGCUAAAGUUGUUGUUGAAAGUAUUGGACCCCAUCGCUAUGGUGACGGAAUGGAGCAAGAAGACUACACAAAGUCGGACCUCAUGAUUUAUGCAAUCGACCCGCUGACAAAUAGAGCUGUGUCUCAAAAGGAGCUGCACAAGUUCCUUGAUGGCAAACUCUUAGACAUCAACUUGGAAUUCAAGCCUGUGCUCCCUCCCGGUGGGCGGAUCCUGGAGAUCCGAACCCCCGAGGUGGUGACUGGUGUACCGACAGCAGCACAGACCGUGGGCUACACAGAGGGGGCGCUGUUGGCUCUGGCAGUUCUUAUCAUCAUCUGCUGUGUUCCUGCCAUACUGAUAGUCAUUAUCACCUACAGACAAUUCAAAGAACGCCAAGCUGAGUGUGCCAAAACAGCCCGGAUCCAGAUGGCCCUGCCAACAGGAAAACCUGGGGGAGGCACCGCCAACAACCUGUAUGAAGAGCUGGGUGACAACGCUAUGCGUGGAUAUGGACAGCAUGAGACACAACAACUUCUCCGACCUUCUCUGCUCAGACCAGAGGAGUUGUCAAUGGAGUCUGGCAUCGACCCUGGCCAGGACUAUUACACGCAGGAUUAUUACAACUAUGACCAUGGGUAUGACCUUCCUCAGUACGGCAGUCGCAGGAAGUUGAUCUCACCCACUGGACUCUACGAUGAAUAUGGAGAAGUUGUUGUGGAUGACAAUGGAAGUUAUUACUACAGCCCACAGGAGUCUGAAGGAGAGCAGGGCAGAAAGCGCAGAAUCAAGUUGGUGUUGGACCGCGAGUACGAGACCAGCUCCACCGGCGAGGAGACGAUACCUGAGAUCCAACGCACCCGCCUCCCAACCACCCUCAACAGCCACGCCAACGUCAACGGCAGCAUCUACGUGGCCCAGAACGGCUCCAUCAUCCGCACCCGGCGAUCCGUAACCACAACAGGUCCCACAAACACACACACCACCACCACCAACAACCUCAAACUGAGCUCCCCCGUCUUCAGCUCUCGACUGGCCAAGCACUUUAAGAAAUUAGACAAAAUGGCCGCCACGCUGGAGGAACGACUCCCCCUGAAUAACCCCAGAACGGCGGCCGACAGCGGGUGCAACACCUUACGCACCUUCCAAAGCUCAGGAAUGGCCACCACCGCGACGGCCACAUCCUCCUUCUCCAACACUGACAACAAUAAAACACUGAAUGUGUUCAACACUCGCCACUCCAGCGUUUCUUUAGGUUCCACAAGCACCAGCAACACGGGCCCCGAGAGCGCGGCGUCCAAGUCCAACCUGCUCAAAGCGGCGCAGGGUGACUCGGAGCUGCGACAGAGCGCCACGACGGAGAGAGACGAGCUGAAAGACGGAGAGAAAGAGUCGCGAGUGGACGACAGUAACACCGACGACGACGGCGGCCUCGUUAUGAGGGAGCCGCCGGAGUGUCCGAGCGACAGAACGCAGUCGGACGAGGAGGAAUUAUGGAUGGGCCCGUGGAACAGCCUUCACAUUCCCAUGACCAAACUCUGACUGCUCAGACUCCACUGUGCUCAGUCCUUAUUGCCAAGAUCAUUUCGGUGUUCAGACAUCUUUUCUGUUCGUUAGUGGUGAAGCUAAAGGUGAUGCGACCGCCCCGUUUCAGAGAAAUCUAAUGGUCCGAGUGGUAUUCAGCUAAAAGGCGAAUUAGCAUAGUCUGCUAUUCCCGACUUAUUCCAUGGAUGAAUGGAUUUUGGUUCCAAUUUG